GAUUCUCUAAAGUUUUAGUCAUACGAUUUAGUCAUUACCGUGACUAAAACACAUCAUUUAGUCAAACAUUUAGUCAUGACGAACAAUUAGCGAUUCUCUAAGAAUCUAUGACUAAAAAUGAUAUUUUAGCCGACUGAAAGUGGCGACUAAAAGUCACUAAUCAUUUGGCCCCUAUUGGAGGGCGCCAAUUGUGAUUUAGUCGACUAAAAUUGUAAAACAUAUGAUUAUUUAUUAAAUAUUUUCUCGUUUUGAUUGUCAUUGCAUAUUUGAUACAGUUAACACUUUUUUUCUUCGUUUGUUAAGCUUUAGUUUAUUAAUUUUUUUCUGUUUUGUGUUUAAAUUGGUUAUGGCAUUAUUAGGUCACAUUUUAAUUGCUGAAGAAUAUGUAAAUCUAAUGGCUCAUCAACGAUUUACUUUACACAAAAAAAUUUUGCGUGACAGUUAUAAUCCGUUUGAUUUGAGCGAUUUUAAUUUCAAAAAAUUGUAUCGCUUACCUAAGAAUGUGAUUUUUGAUAUUAUUGAAAAUUUGCGGCCUGUUUUAGCUAAAUCUCGAAAAAAUAGUUUAAGUGUAGAAAUACAAGUAAGUAUAAUAUACCAUAUUACUAUUGUUUAAAGUGUUUAAACGUAAAUACAUUUUGACCAAACAAAAUUGUGUAAUAAUAUAACCAAGAGGUCGAGUCAUUCUUUUAAGAAGACAUCGAUAAAACAACAAUUUGGAGUGAACUUUAUUAGCGGUUUAAUUACUCAAAAUUAAUUUUUUAAAUAAUUUACAGUCACUAUAACUUAUUUACGAAUUAAUAUUUCGCAAAGUCCCUACAAGCAUUGGCGCAACUAGGGGAGUGCAAAAGUGUCUUUAGCACCCCUAAGUUCUAAUUUAGCACUCCUUGUUUUGUAGGUUUAACUAUCAUUAUUAUAGAAAAAUACCAACAAUUAUAUGUUUUUAAAAUAUAAAAUAUUAUAUUGCACCCCACGUUUAAGAGGUCUAGUUGCGCCUAUGCCUACAAGGUUAACUUUAAAAUGUUGAAUUUUUUCAGUUUUAUAAUGUGAAUUUUCAAUCUUAAACCAAAAUUGAGCGAGUGUUCUGAUAUUUUACAUAAGCACAUUUUUAACAUUGGAAAAUACGUAUUUGUGUGAUGUCUUCUUAAAGGUAAAUGACAAAAUAGUAAAAUAUAAUAAAUAUUAAUUAUUUUAUAAUAAAGGUUCUAACUACAAUUCAGUUUUUGGCCUCCGGCUCUUAUCAACGAGGUAUUGGGCACGACUGUUUAAUUCCCAUAAGUCAACCCAGUGUAAGUCGUUGUAUACAACGUGUCACUGAAAGUUUUUUAACGAUGUACGCCGGUCGAUGGAUAAGUUUCCCCAAAACUCGAGCAGAAAGGUCAAAUAUUUCUAAUCGAUUUGCACGGACAACCACUUAUCCGGGCGUAUUAGGAUGCAUUGAUUGUACACACGUGGCCAUAUUCCCUCCUAAUGAACGCGAGGAAGCGUACAAAAACUUUAAAGGGUUUCAUUCUUUGAAUGUUCAAAUGGUAUUAUAAAAUAUUAUAUUUCUUAAUAAUUUAUAUUUUUUUACAUUCAUUGUUAGAUUAUGAGCGGAGCGAGGAAGCUAGU